AUGCCGGUGCGUCGAGCUGGAUUGCUGGGAUGGCGACGAUGGCAGUCCUGUUAUUUAUCACGGGCAUACCUUCACCACCAAAAUACCGUUCAGACGGGUCGUGGAGACUAUAGCCAGGCAGUGUUUGGAGACCAACUGGUGACGUCGUUUUUGUUCGAAGUGGACUAUACGGACGAGCCUCAUCUACCCAGUCCCGAGCAGCUUAAGUACAAGGUACUAAUCAAGAAUAAGAAACUGCUGCCCGUGGAGUCCAGUCCAACUAUCGGCUUGACUGGAGCUAAUUCUGCGCAGGGUUAUGGCGGAGUUCUGGUCACGGCUUUUAGAUCCAACGGUAUACGUCACACGAGCGCAUCGCUUCCAGAUCAAAGCAACCGGACCAGCUCUAUAAUGUCCAACCAGUCAGCGGGCAGUUCUCUCACGGAAUAUUUCUCUGAUGAGGAUUAUGAUGAAGAUGACGAAGAUAUUGAUGAGAAAGAGCUUCACAAGAUACUCAACUCUAUGGAAGAAAAGGUUGGUCGGACGUCUCUCUCGCUCUACCAGAGCUUCCGCAGGAGCGAGGGAGACGGCGAAGCAUGCGGGGGCAUCAAACACGGAAACAGAAAAAGGAGUAAUCAGAUCGCGAGAGAACUAAGCGAUAUGGUCACGUAUGUCCAGGCAAUAAAGUUUCGCGGGCUGAAUCCUUUGUCCCCUCGGAGCUCUGUGAAACAGCCCAGCACAGUCAUCAAGGACAGUUCCAGUGCGGCAGCAUGCAAUAGCUUCGAGUCCUCGGAGAGCAGCGACAGUGCUGGAACGCAACUAGCCCAGCAGUCCCAGUCGUCAGCCGUCCCCCGGGCCCGCUGCCUGAACGCGCCGGCGGUGCAUCACCCGUGCUACCGCUGCUCGUCCGUCAACGAAGCCAUCGGCAAGAAGAUCUGCAGGAAGCACCCGCUCGCGCUCAUCGCUCACACGGAGACCCAGCUCGUGAGGACUUAUCCCGCUGGACUAAGGAUAGACUCGUCUAACUUCGACCCGGUGACGUUCUGGUCUUGCGGGGUCCAACUAGUGGCGUUGAACUACCAGACGGAGGACGCCGCGAUGGCGGUCAACGCCGCCAUGUUCGAGAGCAACGGCUGCGUGGGCUACGUCAGGAAGCCACCCGUCAUGUGGGACCCCAACCAUAUAGCUUACAGACGGUUCAACCCCAUGGACAAGGAGUUCGAUGGCAUCCAUUCGGCCGAUCUGACUCUAGCGGUGAUCUCCGGGCAGUACGUGGCAGAGAACGUGUACUCUUUCUAUAACGCGUUCGUGGAAGUGGAGGUGCUGGGUGUCCCAGCAGACUGCAGGAAGAUACGGACCAAGGUCGCCAGGAGGAACGCGCUCAAUCCCGUCUGGAACGAGACCUUCAGCUUCAAGAUCAACUUCCCCGAGCUGGCCUUCGUUCGCUUCGAGAUCUACGACGCGGAUACGAACUAUAUGCUGUCUCAGCGAGUCAUACCGCUUCUGUGUUUGCGCCCAGGCUACAGGCACGUGAGGCUACGUUCCCCCACCAACCAGCCGCUGAACAUGGCGUCGCUGCUGGUGUUCUCGCGGUGCAGCGAGGAGUCGGCGUGCGGCGGCGCGGGCGCGGGCUCGCCGCGGGACCUGCGCGUGCACUUCCUCGUGGUGUACGCGGUCGCCCGCCACGAGCCCUACUCCAUACUGAAGGUCACGCAGGACACCACAGCGAACGAGAGACUUAAUCAAUAUGUGGCUUACGGAAGUGCUCGUUGUGGUCAGGCGAUAGCGCAGUGCCUGAGCAAGGCAGGCGUGUGCCGGGCGGCGCGCGGCGGCUACGUGCUGGUGGAGGAGGUGGCGGCGCGCGCGCCCACGCAGCGCGUGUUGGCACCACACGAGCGAGUGCUGCGCGCCGCUGCGCGUCCCGCCGCACGCCUGCUGCUCAAGCGCGUGGGGGACGACCCCAGCAGCCGCGCGUGGCUCACAAGCAUACGAUCAACGUCGUCGGACAGGUCCCGGGAGCGAUCGGUCCCGUCGGACGAGGACUGCAGCGGUCACGAGGAGGAGCCCCGGCGUCCGCCUGAUAGUUUCCUGGUCUGCGUUCACAAUGUCUCGCACGAAAUCCCUUACGCCAUACUCAAGGUGCCUCUGACAGCCACGGCGUCCUACGUCGUGUACCAAGCUCUGACUAAAGCGAGAUGCCAGGACGAUCCGAAAAGGUUCGUUCUGGUUGAGGAGCUGGAGUGGGGUGGCAGGGCCGGCACUGGGCCCCAGCAGCGCGCGCUCGCUGAUGAUGAAGUAGUCUACGCGACACAGGCAAGUUGGAAAACCCUAGGUAGGUUCGUUCUACAAGAAAAAGGCUCAACAGUUCCAGUCCCAAGGCACAGAGCUGCUAUUGCAAGGAUACAACGAGGCUUGAGUAUGACCAGAGGAGCAAUUACAGGAAGCACUUUUCCAUUGGCUGGUCUAAGCUCGAGCGACAGUGCUGUUGGGGAGGGCAAGGCUCCCGUGCAAGCCGCUUACAGCGACCCUACACAUUGCAGAAGGGUAUCCAUGUCACCCCUUGGAAAGGAUAUUGGAAGAGCGAAGGGGCACUCGGAUAGAGACAUCAGAUCCUUCAUGCAAAGGAGGGCCGGUUCCAGAGAGGUACUACGCCGGCUUGGUACCAGGUUGGCAAACCACCGAGCGUCAUUGUCCUCUGAGCUGGGCUCCCUCUGGGAUUUCAUACGAAUUGAUAAAGAUAGGCGUCGAUCGGCACCCUCUACUACUUACGAAUCCAUUGACUCCAAAUCUCCCGUCAGACUGGCAAGGGAUUUACUACAAGUCGUUCAGGAGACUGUAUUUUCUAAAAGACUGGACGAAACCCCCAAAAGAUGUCCAUUGGUUAAAGAAGAAUCGGACCUUACAGCAUCUGAUGAAGAAGAAGGAACGGACAAAAGGAUCGCGAAUCUUAUAGACUUCUUUUUUACAAUUGUCAAAAGUCAAAAGGAAGAUAGAAAAAGUAGCGGCGGAAGCUGCUUCAAGAGUGAAGUGAGUCCUGAAGAAGAGGAGAAGUUGAUUCCAACUCGUGUUAACACAGAAUUGGAACAAAAGAUGGAAACCCUAAUGGAGUUCUUGGCAACAACUGGUUGCAUGGAAAACGAGAACGAUGGAAAGGACGACAAAAAGAUUACACUCAUGGAAUUUCUUUUCGCGUCGGAUGAAAGAAAAUGGGACAACCCGUUGAUUGAAUUGAAUGGAAAGGGAAUCAGUUUAUCCGAAUCGAACGUGAACGUUCAAAAUCUUUCUUUUAUCGAUGAAACACCGGUGGAAGAUGGAAAUGAGACAUUAGUCGAGAUGCUUUUAAAAUAUAUGGAACAUUAUGGCAGCAAAGAGAAAUUCAAAGAUUCUAAUGUAUCGACGUCUGUGACUCCAUCACUAUCGGAGAAGUCAAAAUCUGAUAUGACAAUCAGUAAGCUGGAAACGUUCAGUGAUGUAAGUAAAACGAAAUCCGAUUCGACAUUAACACAAACAGAAGAUACCGUGAUUGAUCGAGGUGACGAUCUGCGCUCAGGGAGAUCAAGUAGAAGGAUUUCAGAAACAGUCGUUGACUUGAGUUUUGUUAAAGAAGACUUAGAAAGUAUAUUCGAAGAAGCUGUUUUACGCAUUAGCGAACUAAGAAUGAUGUACGAAGACGACACAAUGAGCGAGCAAGAAGAUUUAGAAAACUUUAAUGCUUACACCAAUCCACCAACACUACAAUACGUACAAUACUUACCUUAUAGUAUUGAACUGUCUGAUAUAAUGGAAGAAGAUGAGCCAUCUUCUAGAGGCUUAGAGCGGAUGUCGUCAGAAGAGGAUCGAUUUGCAUACGUUAAACAACUUGCAGAAGAUGUAGUGCGUUAUAUAGAGGAGAAAAUUAAGAAUUAUCCAUUUCGCGAGGAUAACGAUGAUAGUUCCGGGCCGUCCACAGAAGACUACAGCAGAGAAUAUGAACUUAGCACGAGAUCCAUAAGUCUAAUAGACCUAAGAAAUAUACCAGAUUUGCCACCAAGUAUGAUUAUCAAGCCUAAAGUACUGAAAUUAGAUAGAUCUACAUCGACUACGGAAAUUUCUGAAUCAAUAUCUGAACUAUCGAGAAGGAUCGAUUCAACUUGUAUGACAGAAGAAACAACAUUAACCAUAAGUUCAGAAAGAAACGAGAGGGUAAUAGACAAAAUCGAAUCAUUACACAAAUUCUUUUCCAAAUCACGCUUAGAGAUUAUCGAUGAGAGCAUGGAAGAUAAUGGCGACAGAAUGAAAAGUCCGAAAGAAGUUUUUCGGAGUUGGAAUAAUUUAAAAAAUGAAAACAUGGACUAUAAAGAGGGACAAGCCAGUUUAGACGACGUGGAAGACAUAUUAGACGACAAUGAAACUGUUAAAAUAGAUAGCAACGAUGAUAGUGGAAUUGAUGGUGGUGCCAAGCAAACUGUCAACGCAGAUAAAUAA